ACAGAAUCCACGCAAACACCUCCAUGUUAUAAAAAAACAGCCAAACGUACAAUAACAUAUGGGUACAAAAGCACCUCUCUCUUUACUGGCCAUUGCAAAAGCAGAGAAAAGCUUACCUCAGUCUCUCUGCUUCUUUUGAAACGCCAUUUUCAAUGCUCUGCUACAACAUACCAUACACACAAAUUCUAAAACGAUGUGCAAAAGCUGUCUUUAUCUCUUACCAUCCUCACGUUCCGUCUUCCUUUUGCACCCACUAUAAAUGAAAACCUUACUCUGCCUCUGAAAAAACCCUAAUAAACCUUUCCAAUUUCUCUCUUUCUAUAUCUUUUCGCCAUGGAAGCUCUCUACUUCCUCAAGUUCUGGAGACCCACCACCCAAAACAAAGAUCACCGACCCUCUAAUGGAAAUAGUGACACCGCCGAGAUUGCGACGGCUAUGGUCGACACAGAUGAUGAGUUCAUUGAAGAAGAAGACUCUUUCUUUGAAUUGGAGCUUACUGUGCCUGAUUAUGACAACAAUAAAUGCGAAAGCAAAAACAACAGACCACUAGACACUGAUAGCAACAUUUUUGACUCCAAGGAACAAACUCUCCACAACUCGACCAACAAAGCCGGCAAUGUCCAGGACAAAUUUCCACCACCAAAUGUUUCUCUGUCUUCUACUGAUCUGCUCUCUAAAAGAAAGAUCCUUCCUAUUGAACCCAUUUCUAAACCUCAAUCUCCAAUCUCUCUGCUCAAAUCUGCUCCAAGAUUUCGAGUACUCAUGUUUAAGAAAUCUAAGUCAAUGGCAGCGAAGGAAACAGGAAAAACAGGGGAAACGGAGCUGAAAGGCGUUUUCGUCGAUGCUCCAAAGAAUAAAAAGCAAGAAAGUAAGCUUUUUACAAUUAAAUUCAAGCUUAAAGAAGCCGCAAAUGUUCCUAUUUUCACCAGAGAUAACAGCUUGAGAAAACAGAUCUCGGAUGAUUCAUUAUCUGAUGAUUCGUCUAAGCGAUUCUCCAAAGAAGCGAUACAAAAGUAUUUGAAGCUAAUUAAACCCCUGUACAUCAAAGUCUCCAAAAAGCAAAGCGAGAAGCCAAAAUUUUCAGGGGAGUUGUCAGCAGCGUCGCCGUCAUCUUCUCCGGCGACACUGCCUUCUGGUUCACCAAAGAAGGAGAAACAGGGGAGUAUUCCUGCAGGGAUUCGAGUGGUCUGCAAACAUCUGGGAAAGAGCAAAUCUGCAUCGGCGGCCACUGCAGUUCUGCCACCAACAGUAACUAGGAGAGACGAUUCACUGCUUCUGCAACAUGACGGUAUCCAAAGCGCCAUUUUGCAUUGCAAGAAAUCUUUCAACUCUUCUACUUCUAGAGAUUCUUCUCUAUUGUCGAGAUUUGCAAGUGAUCCUUUGCAUGAGAAAUCAAUGGCUUCGCCGAGAAAUUCCCAUGAAGAGAAUGGAAUUAAUUAGCAUUAUCAAGAGAUAAAAAGCGGGAAGCAUGCUGUUUAUGAAAUUGAAAGCAAUACAAAGGAAAAGGCUCUGUUUUUGUUUUAUUGUAAAGAAGAGAAGAGAUAUUUAAAAAAAGAAAAAGAAAAAGGAACAGAAAGAAUCAAAGGAGUUAGGCAAGUAGGUUAGUUUUUUGGUCCUUAUUAGCCAUGGAAAUGAUGCUAGGUGAGGACAAAUGGGUUCAACUGUUGUUUUCUGUAAAGUUGAUGGGUCAUUAUUAGAAACUGGAAAGCAAGUCCUGAGUAUUGAAUUAUUUCUUUUAUUUUCUUUGUGUAUCAAAUCAACGCCAAUAUCUCUGUGUAGUCCUGUCUUCUGCAAUUUGGCGUCAUUUUUCCUUUGAAGCAUAGCUUAAAUUCUAAAUCUUUGUCCAUCAA